UCCUUUCGCGCGUGGCCAGCAAGGGAAUCCCCCCCGACCCCCAGCCCCCACAAACACAGCCGGCGCCUUCGUGUCUUACCACAACAUAAAUAACAACCAACUAACCCACGCGUGGGGGGCUUCUUCUUCCGCAGCAUGUCUUGACACAACUCGGAACGGCUACUUUUUUUUUUUUUUUUUUUUAAACCCAAGUUUGAAUUGAACUUUUCGUGAAUGAGGUGCUUUUUGGACCACCACCAAGGACUUACAAGUUGAGGACCAACAUCUUAUUUUUCUUUUUACUUUUUAAACUUUAGGCAGCUUCCAAAUGACGCGGAGAUGGCUUUAGGAGGGACCCUGCUGCCGUCCAUUUCCACCUUUACCAGCCCCGCUGUCAAGACCAAAGCCAUCUCAAGUGCCAACCUAAGAUGGAAGGACGAGCUGUCCCAUCUUAAGAAACUCGGUGUGCCAAGUGGAAGCGCGGACCCAGACCAUCCCACUGCUACCACAAUUCCAAGCAUGUCCAAGAAAGACGUGGAACCAGACCUCGACUUGGACUAUGACUUCAUUCUGUCCAACUCCAUGCUCCAGCAACAGCAACAACAGCAGCAACAAGACGACGACGUCAUGGCGUGCGGUUCCGUCCAAGCCCUGCCGCCCGGCUCGCCCAAUUCUUUCUCCUCUUCCUACCCCCUGCUGCCUUCCCCUCAGGGCUCGGCCGACUUGCUCUACACCAUCCCGGACAUCAGUGACGUUUCACCCUCUGGUGGCUUCGUGGCAGAACUCAUGAGACCCGAACUUGACCCGGCGUACCUCCACCCGACCAGCCUGCAUGGCAAAUUUGUGGUGAAGACCACAGUAGACCUGGGGGAGUACAACCCAAAGGCUUGCGUUAACGCUACUUCAGACCGCCCCGCUUCACGGGCCUCGCCACCAUUUACGUGCCACCGGAUAAAGCAGGAGGCCCCCAGUAACUGUACAAUCUCGCAGCCCAUGGACCUGCACCGGCAGCGGCCCGGUCACCUGGAAUUGCACGGGUUCCCCGGAAAUGGACGAGGACGUCUGUCCUCAUCCUCGUCGCUCUCUCCAGAUCACCCCCUGAGCCGCGAGCACCAGGUGUUGGGCCACCCUCACGCCCAAAUUCCUCUCCAUCCCCACGGUUACCAUCACGGCUCGCCGCAAGGAUACACCGCCUACCCUCAGGCCACCGCCAUGCAGCAGUACCAAGACCCUCACAUGGUUUCCGGCGGGGACUGUUUGCCAGAGGAACCCAAGCCAAAGCGCGGGCGGCGCUCGUGGCCCCGGAAGCGCGUCGCCACGCACACGUGCGACUAUGUCGGCUGCGGGAAGACGUACACCAAGAGCUCGCAUCUCAAAGCGCAUCACCGCACACACACAGGAGAGAAGCCUUACCACUGUGACUGGGAGGGCUGCGGCUGGAAAUUCGCACGCUCAGACGAGCUGACGCGCCACUACAGGAAGCACACGGGACACCGGCCGUUCCAGUGUCAAAAGUGUGACCGGGCCUUUUCCAGGUCAGACCACCUGGCGCUCCACAUGAAGAGACACUUGUAAGGAGCAAACUGUAGACACAAAGGAAAAAACUGUCAAAUGACAUGCUGUGGCUUUCAUGGCUAAAGACAAUCGAGACGAGACCUGCCAACGUGGGUCGGAACAGGACCAAAAAAACUGGAAAUCGUCUUUAUUUAUGUGACCAAACUCAAAGAGGACCAGCAACUGGAAUCUUAAGUGGAAACUCUCCAGAAGCCUUUAUUAACUCAUUGAUGCUUGAAUUCAUAUUAAAUUAAUUGGCUGCCAUUGACUUCCGAUCCAUUUUGAAUGGGAGGGGCGAAUGAAAAUUCGUUACAUGUAUGCUUCUUUUCCCUACCACAACACUUAUUUCAUAUGUAUAUAUAUAUAUAUAUAUAUAUAUAUAUAUAUAUAUAUAUAUAUAUAUAUAUAUAUACACACACUAUAUAUUUCCCUAGGAUAGCAGUGAAUGAGCUAACAAAUAUAAAUCAAAAAGCAUUUGGGGAAUACAUGUGAAAAUGGAAAGUGGGAGGGUGGUUAGCACUUAAAAGUUCUGAUUGUUGGUUCAAUCCCAGCUCCAGCCUCCCUGUGUUUGCAUGUGCUCCCCAUGCCUUUGUGGGUUUUCUCUGGUACCUCCCACAUCCCAAAAUCAUGCAUGGUAGCUUGGGCGCUGGAAGUCACUCACAUUAGGGGGUGCCAAGGGAGUGUUUUUUUUUUUUUUUGUGUGUUUCCCAUCCAAAAACUUACUGUCCGUGAAUGCGGAAAACAAGGUUGGACCCCAAAACAUACAAGAGAGGAGUUCAAUAGGUUUAUUGUACACAGGCAAAACACGCGAUUGGCGAAAAGAGAUAACAAAAAAAAGAGUUGUGACAACUGGUCUACGGAGAUCACUAGAACUAACCUGAGGGUAAACCAAGUUGACAAAAGUAACACAAAUACCUGCACAAGGUAGAAGAUUCCAAACAAGGGCAGCAGACAAACAAACCAAGGCAGGGGCAAAACUAGCCAAAUGCGAAUAACAAGCUUGAGAGUACCAAACAUCUGAUAGCGACCAGCAAGGCAGUAUCUCGCGUGGUUUGCCUGCGUUUAAAUACGCCGUUAAUGAGAAUUGGAUGAUUCUGCAUCCAGGGAACACCGCCCACAAUCUGUAAUGAGAACAAUGACCAACAGCUGAAUGUGACAAAAACAGCCGUUUCUGUCCAAAUUUGUCAUGCUCGCGUAUUUCCUCCAUAUAAGGCGUGAACAGUACUCACGCAUGCUGAAUAGUUUAACUCCUACUACUCGGCUACUACAAAGACAGCGUGGAGUUUUUGUAUUGGAAAUGAAACCGCUCGUGUAUUAUAAAGCAAAUCCCUGCAGCUGGACAGCGCAAUGACACACAAACUCAUUUGAAGACUAAAAUGGCCAAUAAGUAUCAGUUUAACACACCCGUUUCACAACCCUAACAUAAAUUGCACAUAAAUAUCCAACAGCGCUCUGCACGACGGCAGCUCAACAGCAACAACAAACAAUAAAAUGGCUGCAAAGCAAGCAUGUCUUACCUAUUUGAAGACACCAAAGGACUAUCAUCUUCAUGUUCGACCUCAAAUUAAAUUUCCGAAAAUUUCGCUGUUUUUGUGAAGAAAAAAAUCGCUUAUUUGUUUUUGUGCCAUGUUAACGCCUGCUCUGUCGAAUUUACUUUUCCAUUCAAAUAGCGCCUUAUUCAACCUGAUUGACCUGGUAGCAAGCAAGGUGUCAAGUGGUGUUAUUAACAACAACUUUUUCAACAUAUAGAUCCAUCUACCAAAACACUUUUUUUUUAAAAU